AUGUCGGAUUAUUUCACUCUAACUCACGAUCCUCAAGUGUCUGCUCCCGUAGAAGCUUCUCAAAGAGAAUCCUCCAAUAAUGCUACCAUAAUAGACCAAGUCAAAAAUGAAACUGUUGUGGAAAACUCCGAUAGUUUAUCUACUGGCUCCUUAGAAAAAGUUCAAACCAAAAACACUACAAUCACUCUGGGAACCAGCACCACAGCCACAACAAGUACCACUGCAGCUACUAACAACAACAACAACAACAACAACAAAUUAUCUGCCACACAAACUGAAUCAUUUGUGGCCAAUUUCGCAAACACAAAUGGGCUACAACAACUUGCAUUCUCCAAAGAAUCAGAUUUCCAUUCUCCAUUAUGCACAACUAUUCCAAUCCCCAAUCAAAUCCCCAAUACUGCAUCUGAUACAAACGAUUUAUACGAUGGGAAAUACGUUGCUGAAUACCCCACCAUCAUCUUAGCUGAUAGAUUCCAUAAAUGGAAGAAAAUUUUGAAAUCUUUGAUCGCCUAUUUAAGAGAAGUAGCUUUUGCUCAAGAACAAUUUGCAAGAAUUAAUAACCAAUUACGUUCCAGUGUGAAAUUUCCCUUCUUGACUGAUUUGGAUGAUACAACAAAUCAAAUUAUCGAUCCCUUUGGUAAAGAUGAUCAACAUCCAACUGCCUUUGCUGCAUCAGGUUUCAUGAAUUUCGGUGAAGGUUCCAUUCAAGAUAUUCAAGUUGUUUUGAAAAAAUAUCAUUGUUCCAUGGCAAAUCAACAAUACAAGAUUGCCAAAGAAAUUACUACUGCUUUGAUCCCCAAAUUAGAAGUCGUUAAAAAGGAUUUGACCAACAAGAUUAAAGAAGUGAAACUGUUACAUAAUGAUUUUAGAACAAAUUUGGAAUCACAUUUAAAAAUUACCAACAAUUUAUUAUCCAAAUAUACUUCAUCAGUACGUUUCAUGAAUAAAUCACAUCUAACAAAUGGUAACCAUUUACAUUAUCAAAAUAAUUUUAAACCAAAACAUGACCCUUAUUUGUUGAAAUUACAAUUGGAUUUACAAUUGAAAAGACAAUUGGCAGAAGAAAAUUAUUUACAAGAAGCUUAUAUAAAUUUACAAUCAGCAGGGAUGCAAUUAGAAAAAAUCAUCUAUUCAAGAAUCCAAUACAUUUUACAACGUUUCUCCGGUCUAAUGGAUUCAGAAGCUCGUCUCAUGAUUAAAAACUUGUGUCAUGAAUUACAACAUGGUAUUUGUUCAAAACCUCCUGCAAUUGAAUGGGAUCAAUUCGUAAGUUAUCAUCCAACUUGUCUAAUGAAUUGGAAAUCCACUGAUCCAAUCCCAAGAAAGAGAAAUCUAGCUGAUAUUGUUUAUCCUGAAAUGAAAUCAAAGAUGUCUAAAUGUAUUAGAGCAGGUUAUUUAAAUGAAAUGUCUUCUUUUAGAAAACAAUCCAAACCACAAAAAAAUUUCUUUGUUUUAACUGCAAAUUAUCUUCAUAAAUUUGAAAGUAAAAAUUUCUUCUCCACAAACAAUACUACCGUCACACCUAAUCCUUCAUCCAAUCCUUCUUAUUCUAAUACAACUUCCACUAAUACUACUACUUCUAUUUCUACUGCUACUUCUACUGCUACUGCUACUGCUACUGCUACUCCUACUCCUACUCCUACUCCUACUCCUACUCCUCAUCAUAAAUCUUCUAUCGUUCCUCUAUUAAGUAUAUCGUUAAAUGAUUCAACUUUAACUGAUUUUACCGAUACUUCCUUUGUCUUGGAGGGGAAACCUAUAGUUAACCUGGAUGAAUCUAAAACACCUUCAUCUCUCUCCCAUAAGGCAAGUUCUACAAAUAUGGUAACUCCAAAUAAAUUGAUUACAACUCAUUCUUCCAAUAGUAAUUUACAACAACAAAUUACUGCAACAACUAAUGAAGCUCAAAAAAUUAUUGGUAAAUCCAAGAUUCAUAAAUUUUUGAAAAGUUCCUCCAAUUCUUCAAAAAAUCAAAAUGUCAUCUCUAAAAGUAACACCGAAUUAACCAAAUUCUAUGCUUCACAACAACAUGAAUAUUCAGAAGUUGUUAGAUGGACUUUUUCAUUACCAUCAGAUGCUACUGAAGAAGAACGCAAAUUAUUUAAAAAAUGGAUUCAAGAUUUAAAAACAUUGACCUCUUAUAACUCUACAAAGGAAAGAUUGAAAUACAUUGAAGAAAAAUAUUUGAAACAUCAUCAUAAUACCCACAAUCAACAACAACAAACUUCUCAUCAUCAUAAUACUAAUAAUAACGGAGAAAGACCUACAUUUAUUCAAAUUGCUCCAACUCAACCAUUUUUGGAUCCAAACGGGUCUUUCCAAAGAGCAAAUAUUAAUACCCCAGCUAUUGAUGAUAAAGGUAAUCUGAUAACCAUGGCAGGUAGAAUGACCUAUAAUCAUUCCAAGACUUCUCCUCUUUAUUCACUAGGCACAACAAAUAAUAUGAUGACAGGAGCUACUUCUAAAAAGGCAUCACCAAGUUUAAGUCAAGUUGGAUUUAGUUCUCAGAAUCAAAACUUAAAUAUAGGAGGUUCCAAACAAAAUCCAGUAUAUCCAACACCAGGAAUUGUAUCUCCAAACAUAAUACUAAGCUCUUCUAAAGGUGAAGAAUCAGAUCAAAGUAAUGGUGGUUAUUUUGCAAUUCCAGUAGGUCAUACAUCCACUUCAUAUACCGGUGUUCCAAGUUCAUCUUCAUCUACUCCAAAUUAUCAAGACUUAAUGCAACAAGUUUCACGUACUACAACUAAAUCUGGAGGUAAAUCUCAAUCUAAUGUCACUACUCCUGGUUUGAUGGUAACACCUUCUGAACAUCUUAUUGUAGCUCCUGCAUUAAUUAGAUCCAAUUCUGAUACUGCCGGUACAAACUUACAAUCUUUAGCAAGAACUCAAAGUGCAUCAAGCGCAUCAACUUCACCACAACCACCAUUGUCUCCAAAAUUGAAUGGUGAAGGUAAAUUGGGGGAUGCUAUGUAUAAAACUAAAAGUAAUAGUGCACACAACUUGAGUUCUCCAAGAGUUCAACCAAUUAGAAAACACAAGAAAAAUGUCUCAUUCGGUUCUUUAAAUAGUUUAAUGUUUUCAAAAAAAGGUGCCGCUUCAUAUGGUAAUGGUAUUUUGAUGACCGAUGGUAUUCAAGAGACAGAUGAUGAUAAUAUUAAUCCACCAUCUAUUAAAUUAAACAAAUCAAUUUAUAAAAAACCUACUUCUACAUGA